GGGGCUGGGGGAGCGCGGCGCCGAGCACCGGGCGGUGGCGGCGGGAGCCAGGUCUCUGGAUUUGUCAGCCUUGCAGGCUUCAGGACACAUCUCCUCUCAGCCAUGAGGAGAUCAAAAGGAUUUAAUAUCUGUGUGCUCACCUGCAGCAUCCUGCUCUUGUCCUCCAGCCUGCCAUGCCUUGCUCAGCCUCUGGAAGAGGAGGAUGUGACAAAGGUCCAGCAUGGCCCCUGGGCAGGGAAUGGGCUGGAAGAUGAAAGGACAGCCAUGGUGGGCUUGAAAAACAAUCUGGGCCCUUCUGAGCAGACAGUUUCUGAGGAGCCAUGUGCAGUGUCAGCACAGCCAUCUGGGACACCCUUGGAUGAAGCUUUCACUGCAGAAGGAGAAGCACUCCCUGCCAGCCUGAGCCAUGUUGUGCCCAGCAGCCAGGGCCUGGGGGGUCACCCCUCUGCUGGGGCACUGCCUGCUGGGCAUGAGGAGGAGCUGGCUCCCACUGAGCCACAGCUGGAUGAGGAUGAAGCACUCAGGGCCAUGCUGACCACAGCUGUGACCACACUGAGCCCUCCAGUCCAGGAGGAGUCUGGUGGCCCUGUUGGUGAGGCCACAACAGAGGGUGGUGUGGCAGUGGAGCCCAGCUCUGCUGGCCCCUCAGCAAACCCCCUUUCUGGGACCACUGUGGAGGAGGAGGAAGCAGAGAGCAGCUCACACCCCUCAGCUGUGCCCCAGCCCACACUGAGCCCCAGCUCUCCCAGCUGGGAAGCAGCAAGUGACCACCUUGUCAUCCCAAGUCCCCAGGCUGCAGGUGUGACCUCUGGGCUGGGAAUGCUGAGAGCCCGCACAGGGAGCCCUCUGAAAUCCCUGGCUCCACCAACAUCUGUGGCUACCAAACCUCCCCUGGUGGCAACUGAGGCCUUCCUUCACCCAGAAGCUGGGACAGGUGUCACACAACAGGAGCUGCCCACUACAGCUGGCACUGGCACCAACCCCUCUAUGGACACUGUGCCACCUGACUGGGAUGACACCAAACUGGGGGACAUCAGUCAAGGGGGCAGCAUGUCUCAUGAGGAGGUGACAGAGGAGCUGGGGACAACAGAACCAUCCCAGACCACCCAGGAAGGUGUGGGGGAGGAAGAGGAUGCCACAAGAGCAGUGCCCUCCCCAGUGUCCCCUCCACCAGCACCUGAGCUUGCCAAGGAGAGCAACUGCACAGUGCCAGUGCAAGGGGAGGAGCUGCCAGCAACUUCCCCAGGCAGCAGCACUGCUUUCCACUCUGGGAACCUGUCAGAUGCAGGCACAACUGAUCUUGGCUCACUGGAAAACAUAAGUGCAGUCACAGCAGAGGAGGAGAAGAGUGUCCCUCCGUCACAGCCGGAGGCUGCUGUGGUGACAAAUACCCAGCCUGAGCUCUCUCCUACUCUGGAGAGUUCAUGGAAAGGUGCUGCUGAGGAGGUGACAACAGCUGCCCAGGAGGCUGCUGCUGCUGUGUCAGCUGUGACAGAGGUGCCUGGUGCCGCCCAGGGAGCAGGGGCUGCCAGCUUUCCUCAGGAGAACAGCGGGGAGGGCACCCAGAUGCUGACAGCUCCCAGUGCCACCCAGGUGCUGCUGGCAACUGGUGCUUCCUCCACAGGGAGCCCUGUGGAUGCAGAAGAUCUCACAGAUGGAAUCCUGGUCACCAGUGAGAAAGCUGUCCCAGCCCCUGGUGGGAUUUCUUCUACCCCAGCUGGACAGACAGAGGAGGCAGCCAGCAGAACUGUGGUCCUGGUAACUCCAGCAUCAGUGGCCUCCUCUGCCAGGAGGACAGCUGUCCCCUCUGCCAGGAGGACCAGCACAGCUGGCACCUACGGGCUGGACCGCCUGGAGUCUGAAGAGGGUGAGGAAGAGGAAGAGGAUGAAGAGGAGGAGGAGGAAGAAGAAGAGGAGGAAGAGGAAGAAGAAGAGGAGGACAAAGACAUAGACCUGAUGGAUGAAAGCAUGGAGGGUGACAUGGAUCUGCCAGGCUUCACACUGCCAGGAGAGACCUCCCAGGAGCCCCUGGCUGGCCUGGAAAACCCUGUGGCCCAGCUGGCUGGGGUGUCCUACCAGGUUCCUGACACCAUUGAGUGGGAGCAGCAGAACCAGGGUCUGGUGAGAAGCUGGAUGGAGAAGCUGAAAGAUAAGGCAGGAUACAUGUCAGGGAUGCUGGUUCCUGUGGGAGUUGGAAUAGCUGGAGCUCUCUUCAUCCUGGGAGCGCUCUACAGCAUCAAGAUGAUGAAUCGCCGGAGGAGAAACGGCUCCAAGAGACACAAAAGGAAGCAGAGGGAAUUUAACAGCAUGCAGGACCGAGUGAUGCUCCUGGCCGACAGCUCUGAAGAUGAAUUUUGACUGGAACUGCAGUGCCCUUGGGAGGGAGAGCCCGUGACUUUUCAGAGGAGGAAGAGAGGGGGAGGAGAAGAACAAGCGACUUUUCUGCUGCAGCGCUGCUCCCUCGGCUGCCCUGCCCCGGGCAGGGGUGUGUCCCCAGCCCAAUGACAAUGACAAUGCUAUGCUCUACGUGUGCCACCCGUGGUGUUUGUUUUGAUACAGUAGUGGAGAUCUCACACUCGCCCCCGGCACCUCAUUCAGAGCCACAGCUGGAGCUGAUCCAUGUGGAUGAUUAUUUUCCUCUUGCCCUGGUGUACUGUUUUGGUCCUGGCUGGCAGUAAUCUAAUCAUAACAAUAGCUCCCACCCAUCCCAGGAAUGGAAAUCUUUACUGUGAAUGACUUCUGUCCAAUUCAUUUUAAAUGUGACAUUACCUGAGCUAGAGUUCCUUAGUGCUAAGAUUAGCUGCUCUGCUUAAUUAAUGAGUUGUAAGCCUGGCCUGUACCCCUGGCUGCCCCAGAAGUGCACAUGCACAGGGCUCUUGAUACAGUUUGAAGCACAUUUUUGCCCUUGGGUGCCCCCACUCUCACCCCUUUCUUCCUUCAGCUCUGCUCCACACUGCUUGGAGACACACAGGAAUGGCCUCAGCAUUGAUUCCACCUCAAAAUUCCCUGUCCAUUUCCAACCAGCACUGUCUGUUCCAGCACAAUAAAUACCAGCACUCAUCUA